AGGUGCGAACGUCACUGGCUAUCGCUUCCCGUUGGCCAGAUGAACCAAUGCGCAUGCGUGCACCAUCGGCUCACUGGUGGAGUAGCUAACUGCUAGGCUACGAAUCCAGCCGACAUGGAGAGGAAAGUUCUGGCACUCCAGGCCAGGAAGAAGAGAUCAAAGGCAAAAAAGACCAACAAAAAACAACCAACUAAUGUCCAAGCCCGGCAGCAACCCCAACAAGAAACCUCCCCUCAGGAACCAGAGGAACCCGAGGAGAUCCUUGGCUCUGAUGAUGAGGAGCAGGAGGACCCCAACGACUACUGCAAAGGCGGAUACCACCAUGUGAAAGUAGGAGACCUUUACAAUGGGAAAUACCACGUAAUCCGUAAACUGGGCUGGGGACACUUCUCAACCGUGUGGCUCGCCUGGGACAUCCAAGCUAAACGGUUUGUUGCAAUGAAAGUGGUGAAGAGUGCAGAACACUACACAGAAACGGCCGUGGAUGAGAUCAAACUCCUCAGAUCAGUGAGAAACUCGGACACAAGUGAUCCCAACCGUGAGAUGGUGGUUCAGCUGCUAGACGACUUCAAGAUCUCUGGUGUCAACGGAACACACGUCUGCAUGGUGUUUGAGGUUCUGGGGCAUCACUUAUUAAAGUGGAUAAUAAAGUCCAAUUACCAAGGGCUGCCGCAGCCCUGCGUGAAGAGCAUCAUUAGACAGGUUCUUCAAGGCCUGGACUACUUGCACACCAAGUGUCAGAUCAUCCACACCGACAUCAAGCCAGAAAAUAUCCUGAUGAGCGUCGACGAGCCGUACGUCCGGAAGCUUGCAGCUGAGGCCACAGAGUGGCAGCGAGCCGGGGCGCCCCCUCCCUCCGGUUCAGCAAUAAGCACAGCGCCGGCUCCUAAACAGACUGUGAAAAUGUCCAAGAACAAGAAGAAGAAGCUAAAAAAGAAACAGAAACGUCAAGCCGAGUUGCUGGAGAAGUGCAUCAUGGACUUGGAGGAGAUGGAGAAGACCACAGAGACACGGGAGGACAACGAGGAGGACGGGGAUGAGAAGGACCCUCAGUCCCCAAAGGGGCGAGCUUGUGCUCCUCUCAGACAGGUGUCUCUUCAGGAGCUAGAGACUGAAGAGAGAGUGGAGAGCCCUGCAACUACAGAUAACAGGAUGGGACCAGAGGAGCUGCUGGAGACCAACUGUAACGGCCAUGCAGAGGUGGAUCAGCGUAAGUCCAAGAGCAGAAAGGAAGACCAACACAAUGGAAACGCAGAGUCCCCAGACAAGAAGCCCCUUGUCUACCCUCUGUGUAACGGUGUGGACUCUACAGAUUUCAAUGAGCCAGACACUGAGACUCAAAGCUGUGGGGCUUACAGCUGUGAUGUUACUGAGAGACAUCUUCCUGUUGGGCUGGAGGACGGAGACCUGGAACAGAGCAUUUUGCAGGAGGAGGAUGAAGAUGAGAUAGGGUGUCAUUACAGAAUCCAGGAAAGCAUGAGGAACGGCAAGUUAACAGCAGGCUCCCUGCUGGUUAACCCUCUUGAUCCAACCAACGCAGACGAGAUCAAGGUCAAGAUCGCAGACUUGGGAAAUGCUUGCUGGGUGCACAAACACUUUACAGAAGACAUCCAGACGCGACAGUACCGGUCUUUAGAGGUGCUGAUCGGUGCAGGAUACAGCACACCAGCUGACAUAUGGAGCACGGCCUGCAUGGCCUUUGAGCUGGCCACUGGCGACUACUUGUUUGAACCACAUUCUGGUGAAGAUUAUUCCAGGGAUGAAGACCACCUUGCUCUCAUGAUAGAGUUGCUGGGUAAAAUCCCUCGCCACUAUGCGCUGAGUGGGAAAUUCUCUCAGGAAUACUUCACCAAUCGAGAUCAUAUAGCGCUGAUCAUUGAGCUGCUGGGGAGUGUCCCUCGCAAACUCAUAAUGACUGGCAAAUAUUCCAAGGAUUUUUUCACCAAGAAAGGUGAUCUGAAACACAUCACCAAGCUGAAGCCAUGGGGGCUGCUGGAGGUGCUGAUGGAGAAGUACGAAUGGCCUCGUGAAGAAGCCGAGUGCUUCUCUGACUUCCUCCUCCCAAUGCUGGAGCUGAUCCCUGAGAAAAGAGCUACAGCUGCUGAGUGCUUGCGCCACCCCUGGCUCGCCCUCUAGUGGACACCUCCACCUAUUGCACCUUUCCUUUCCUCCUACUUCCUCAAAAGACUGCAACAGAUCACUUUCCACUUUUGGGCAUAUCGAAUGAAUAUUUAUUUCAUUUUUGUUUUGUUUCUUGUCAUUGUUGAGCUGUUGCUUCUAUGUACAUUUUUUUCUGUUAGUCGGUUCUACUUUGGUUCAGGAAUCCAGCAGGUUUUUCAUUUUUAUUAAUUUGUGGUCAUGUUGGCUCUAGCUGCUGUUCUUUCUCCACCCACCCAGUCAAACUCGUCGUUGUACUGCUAGAGACUCAUCCUUGUUUGUUAACACUCCUGCACUAAAACCCCCAACAAAUCAAGGACAUGUAGCCUUUUAUUUAUGUCUCCUCAAAAAAAGCUUUGCUACCCCCCCUCUCUAAAAAAAACCCCAUUUUCAUCAGUGCUGUAUUUAUUUUUCUUAAUGCGUUAUUUUAUCUCCUAAAAUUCGUGUAAGUUAUCUGUUUUGUAUUUGUAAAGUAGGCUUAGGAAGUUGCACACUGGGCUGACGUUCACACUGACUGGUAACGCUCACAGAAUCUCUCUUACACUGUCAUGGCGUAGGUUAUACGUAGCCUAACGAACCUGCUGCCACCUGGCAUUUAGCAGGUUGUUAAGAAUAAAUGAGAUCCUACAUGCUCCUGGGAGGCUGGCAUUCUCAUACACCUAUUUACAAUUCAGGUAAUAAAUGUUAAGGAGCCCAGCUAAAAGGAAAAGACGAUAGGAAAUAAAGUGUAUAUAUCUGUACCAAAGAGUUUGCCUUUAUGUAUAUUACAGUUCUGUACAGUUUUUAACAGAUCUUAUAUCUUAGCUAAACCAUUUAGCUGGGUAGCUGUGUUUUAUUAAAGUGAACAGAAGAUGUGUUUGAGAUUUGUUGUGUGUAUGGAUGUGACUGUUUUUAACCAUAGAGGUGGUGAGAUCAGGUGUCGAUAGAAAAGGUGUACCAAAAUCAUCAUCAUCAUCAUCCUAUCAGAGUAAGGCUAUGUUAUCUGUGGAGACCUAAAGGUGAAACGUACAUUCAACAGCAUAGACUUAAUGUGAGCAGAUCAAAAUAAAAUGUACAACACAUCAUACAAUAAAACCGACCCAUCUUUCAGUACACGA